AUGGCUAAUUUUUUACGUCGAUUGAUCACUAAAUCGAGGUCUAAUUCCCCACAAAAAGGCCAACAACAACACCAAAAACAACAGCAACAUUUUCCUAAUUUAGAAUGUGAAGAAGAUGAAUGUUGUUAUUUAGCUGGGCCUUCAACAGUAAUGCCUAAUCAUGUACCAAUUCAACAACCUUCAAUUGAUAAAAAUAGAAGGCAACCUAGGAGUGAUCUUUGGGCAAUGAAUACACCAAAACAACCCCAAAUACCCAAUCAUGUUAAUAAAUCUUUGCAACUUUCACCUGACUCCAAAAGGCGAUCUCCAGCUUGUCAUUCUCCUUCCAAGGCACAUUCACCGAGUAGUCUUUCUAGAAGAAAAUGUUCUACUGGAGAAGAUCCAGGCACUUCGUCACAAGAGUUUCCAUCGGCAUUACAAUUAAUAGCUGCACAACAAAGAAAUAGAUCAACUAGUCCAAGAAAAGUUUUUGGACAAAAAACUCCAGAAAUAGUUUCUGGUAGCAGAUCUAGAUCACCUGCUAAAAAGCAACAACAACAACAAUGGGCAAAAACAUUAGAUUAUUUACAACCACAAUGUCGAUUAGAAGGAUGUUCUGCUGCUAUUUUAGUCGAAGAUGUUCGUUUUCUUGUUUGUAAACAUCAACUUAGCCAUUCCAGUGAUUUUUUUCGUGCCCUUUUCUUGAAAAGCCAUGCUUUGCCAAUGGAAGGAGUAAGGCAUUUAAGGGAAGAUGAAUAUCUUAUUCAAGUUUCUUCACUUCGGCAUCCUCCCCAGGCAUUGCAAUUUCAAUGGUUUUUGGAAACUACAGUACCCUCUCCAAUGCUAAGGGACAUUUCUGGUUAA